UCUGUAUAAGAUUCCCUCCCCAGGGAUCCCGAGAUCACAGAGACUGGCCUUCUGCUCUGUCCUAGAGACCAAGCUAGAGAUCCAGGCUCUUCCAGAGGAGUGAGACCACCAUGGCUCAGGAGAGGUUCUUCAUCCUGUUCCCACUACUGGUUCUGGUGCUCCUGGUGCUGGGCAGUGUCCAGCCUUCUCUGGCCAAGGAGUCAAGGGCCGAGAAGUUCCUGCGGCAGCACAUAGACUCGAACACCUCCACCGUCAAUGCCAGCUACUGCAACCAAAUGAUGAAGCGCCGGAAUAUGACAGUUGGAUUUUGCAAGCCGGUGAACACGUUUAUCCACGAGCCUCUGCCAGAUGUCCAGGUCAUCUGCUUCCAGGGAAAUGUAACCUGCAAGAACGGGAAGCCCAACUGCCACCAAAGCAGUUCCAAAAUGCGCAUCACCGACUGCCGCCUGAAGAAAGGCUCCAAAUACCCCAAAUGCGACUACGAGACCAAGCAGCAAGAGAAAUUCAUCAUCGUGGCCUGUGAGUGUGUACAGUAUGAGACAGUCCACUUUGAUGGUUCUGUGUAGGUCUGCACCUGAGGCCAGAGUAGCAAGAUGCCCCACCUCCCUGUUGUGGCAACUGCUUCUCCCCUCUCCCUUCCUGGGUCUGAAAGAACUCCAGCCAGGGCUCCUAUCCCAAACACACAUGCGUUCCUACCCAGGACCUGCCCCUGUGUGGUUUGGGAGGUGAGGGGGUACCUGUGUAAACCACUUCCUGGAUUCUUUCAGUAAAACACAGUUGCAACCACCUGGAUUUCUGAAACUGUCACCAUCCUGAUACUAUCGUGUGAUUGCUUUCCUGCUUGGAUGAGAACUGCAAAUUGGGGUAGAUUUUGUAAGCAUCAAAUAGAAUCAUUACUUACCUUUGCUCCUGAC